UGUUCAGAUAUUGACGAGUGCAGUGCUUCCAUCUGGCCCUGUGACGUCAAUGCAAACUGCCAGAACACCUAUGGCUCCCACAAGUGUUCCUGUAAAAGUGGAUUUUAUGGAAAUGGAAAAACAUGUAUACAUAGCGGUAAACCCUGUUUGUUAUUUGUUAGUCACACUACUUAGAGUCAGUUUAUUAGUUAGGCUAUAACUAAUUCCUCUCCACCAGUUUUGAUAACUUCAUCUUUUUUUAAAUAAGCUUGCGCUCACUGACCAAAAACAACAUUUUCAUACCGAAAGCUUUUGGCCUCUGGUGUAAGGCUUUCAAAGAUUUAUUUGACAAGGAGCUAGAAGAUAAAGUAAAAGAAAAUGUACGGUUUAUAAAACAUAGGAUUAUUGCUUUGUAACAGCUAAGAACCAUUAUCUUAUUUUACAUUUCCAAACUUUCUGGCCGAUUGUGGAUAUCAGGUGGUAAAACCGAGAAAGUGCCCCCCGCCCGCAUUUUUUCCUAUUAGACUAGAAAGCGAGGCUCUGAAAAUUGCAAUCGGUGCCCUAAAUUCGUAGUUAUAUCGAUCUACCUCUGGCUCAAAAGUUGGUCUUUAAAGAGUGUCUGAAUUUAGUGAUGGUUUUUACGGCUAACGGUUAAUAUUUUUCAUUAUGGUCACCGCAAAUUUUUUUAUUUUUUUUAUUAUUUUUUUUUUUUACCACCGAUAAAAACAGAAGAAGGGUGGGAACAUUGCACAAUUCGUUUCAAGUUAGAAAGAGAAUACAGAGCUAUCCUCUACAAUAUUCCCAUCAUAUGCCAGAAAGACGUAGAAAUAAAAUUAAAAUGUCCAUGCACUAUAAUAAUAAUAAUAAUAAUAAUAAUAAUAAUAAUAAUAAUAAAAAUCAAAAAACAGAAAAUAUGAGAACUGUUUUUUCACUACAGGCUGGACUCUUAUCGCUCGAUUCUCAAACAGCGAUGGCAAAAAUUGGAUGCGUGACGAUGGUAGAUGGUGGUAUGACCAACAAAUUGCCAUUGGAGCGACAAACAACUCUUCAAAGAACGACGAUAUGAUUUCAACAGCCUUUUGGUCGGUCAGCGGCAGAGAAAUAAAAAUCACGCGCAGUGACGACCCCAGCCACAUCCCUCUGUUACAGACCACAGGUAACUGUUUGGGUGGACAAACAUUUCGAUCUAAAAUCACAAGUUAUGGCGACUUUAGAAAUGGCAAGGUCUGGGCCAGGGAUCAGUGUCUGGGAAAUUGUACGGUUCAAUAUGGCGGACUGUACAAGUCAACAGACGGGUUUCAACAAGCUGACUGCAAUGAAGACAUCCAAAGCGCUGACAAGAUCAGCUUCUGGUGUGACUGGGCUGGGGAUGGAGCAGUGAUGAUGAUUGGUGGAGGAGGAAGUAGCUGUGCACGUGCUGAUCAUGGGAUUGGGAUCACAGAAACUAACGCUGCUUCUUUCGUUGAACUUGUUGGUGAACAAACUGAGUACGACUUUGGUUAUAAUGCCUUCUCACGCACCCCUCCAAACCAGUCCUACUCGUUGAACUUAUGGAUCCGUUGA